CUGAAAGCCAAGUAUAAAUAACGAAGAACGUCCGGGAAGUAUCUCUCUUCUCUCUCUUUCUCAGAGCGCAGAAGGAACUCUGAAAUCGGUCAGAAAUUGAUCUUUGUCUUCUUUUGGAGCCAUUAUUUGGGUUCGACCAAGGAAAACACAAGUAGUCGCAAGCACCAGUUGACAAGCUCUCUUCUAUCUUUUUCAUCUUGAUGCUUGGAAUACUUCAAGAAAGCAUGUCUGCUCAACUAGUGAGUUUGGCAACUAAUGAAAAGCUGAAAGAACCUGAUUGGGCCAGAAACAUUGAGAUAUGUGAAGAAGCCAGCUAUAGUCCAGACAGGAAAGCUAAAGAUGUUAUCAAGGCAAUAAAAAAACGAUUGAGCAGCAAGAACCAAAAUAGUCAGCUUCUUGCUGUUGUGGUUGGUUCUAGUCUUACAAACUUUAUGCUAUCCCAAUAUCUUUGUAUGGCAUCCCCAAUUUCAAGUUGUUAGAGAUGUUGAUGAAUAAUUGUGGGGAACACAUUCACAGAUUGGUAAUUGAUAAGGGUGUCCUACAGAUGCUGGUAAAGAUUGUCAAGAAAAAGUCAGAUUUGCCAGUCAGAGAGAAGAUAUUUCUUCUCUUGGAUGCAACACAAACUGCUGUUGGUGGAGCUUCUGGAAAAUUUCCUCAAUAUUAUGCAGCAUAUUAUGAUUUGGUGCGUUCACGUGUACAAUUUCCUAGUCGUACUACAGUUCCAGCAUCAACUCUUCUGGCUCAGAUCCAAGCUAAUGACUUGCCCACGGAGGCUGCUGUUCCUCAGAAACCUCAGACCGUCCCUCAGCCACCAAAUUCCAAGAGUGCCCCAGAUUCAAGCAUCAUCGAGAAAGCAACUAAUGUCAUGGAACUCUUGCGAGAAGUGCUGGAUGCAGUUGAUCCCUUACAUCCUGAGGGAGCAACUGACGAAUUCACCCUGGACCUUGUAGAGCAAUGUUCAUUUCACAAACAGCGAGUGAUGCACCUGGUGAUGACUUCACGUGAUGAAAAACUAGUUUCCCAAGCAAUUGAACUAAAUGAUCAGCUGCAGAAAUUGCUUACAAAGCAUGACGCACUCCUCUCACUUCCUAAUUCCUGUAGCAUUGCUGUCAAUCAUGAAGAAACAGAAGAAGAAGAGCCUGAUAGACUAUUUCGAAGAGCCCGAAAAGGGAAGGCAUGUGCACAUGCUUGGAGGGAAGAUCAAGCUGAAUGCUCAUCAUCCAGUUCAUCAGGUUCCUUCUCAUUUGAGAGGCCACACCCGCCAGUUGGUCUCAGCGUGAACCGUUCACCCCUAAGAAUAGAGCCUCGAGAACCAGCACCACCUCAGGUGCCUGCUGUGAUCCCACCUCCACCAGCCAAACACAAGGAGAGAGAGCUGUUUUUCAGAGAGAAGCAGGUGGGAUCAGUCAAGGUGGGUCAAAUGCUUGGCAGUUUGUCUCUUCAUAGCAGGACUGGUAGUAGCUCUCGGAGUGGAAGCACCGAGUUCAGUGAGUGAGUCCUCGAGUUUUGCUCAUGUUUCCUCUUGUUUUUGGCUUGUACCACUGAGGUGUAUGUAGCAAGGGGCGUAGUAGGGGACAUACUUUUGUGACAAACACUGCGUACUUCAGCUACAAAAGAGCAGGAGGUGCCUGCUUACACAAAUGGGCGCUUCAGCUUUUCUGUACUUAGGCGAGUUUGAUAUAGAUUGGAGUGCUUAUUCUUUAUUAUUCUUGGACUACUGACAUCUUUGCGAUGUUUAUGAUCAUAAUUUAGUAAUAAUAUUUAAUCCUUGAACUGAUCUGAUUACAUGUA